AUGGCUGUCUUUGCCUCGACUCGCCAAAAUCAACCCCAUGUCCAACAGAAUAUUCCUCGAGCAGGAUCCAAACCCAAAAAGUCCACGAUGAUGAACAAGGGGAAGGCAAGGGAAAUCCAGGGCGCCCAGGUUUUACCCACUACAAACGCGGAUACCAGUCCCUGGAGCGAAGAAACCGACACUACCGACUGGCAAUGGAGUUACCUGAACGAUUUUUCUACGAGCAAGGUUACGCCGUUGUUCUCAAAGGACGGAAGUUACUUCUUCUCCUUCUCAGGUUCAUCAGUCAAAAUUUUGUCGGUGUCGACUGGCCAGGUCGUGUCUGAACUGAACGCUCCUGCUGGGAAGGACAAUGGCCAAACGCCGCCUCGCUUCACUUCUGCCGUUAUCAACCCCGACAACGCAUUCCAACUCAUUACCAGCACCCUCGAGGGCAGGAUCAUCAUUUGGGAUUUUCUCAAUGCAGUCAUUCUCCGAGAAAUAGACGUCUGCAAACCGAUUCACUACAUCUGCGCGCAUAGAAACGUGAAGGAUUCGAUAUUCGUCGCUGCUUCCUUGAACAAGAAAAAGACGCAAGAAAACGAUGCUAUUGUCCUGCAAGUAUCCCUCAACCACGGUUCUUCGGGCAAGUCCUCGGCGGAGGUGCGCUCUAUUGGCAAGACUCGGUCACCUUCGGGUCUUGCCAUUUCUCCUAGCGGAGAAUGGCUGGUUUCGAUUGGUGGACAUACCGUAUAUGUCGCCCGAAUCUCAGCACUGGACACCGGCUUCAUCAAAUACGUUUCUGCCGAUCGUUUGUCGUGUUUAGCGAUGCACCCAUCCGACGAGUAUUUUGCUACGGGCGACGAGAAGGGAAUCAUUCGUUUGUGGUACUGUCUCAACGAUGCUGCGGUCAAAUCUCGCGGAGUAGAACAGAAGGCGCAGACAACCUCUCUGCACUGGCAUGCACACAGCGUAGCGGCUCUUUCCUUUACACCGAACGGCGCAUAUCUUCUAAGUGGCGGUGAAGAGGCAGUACUUGUGAUUUGGCAGCUUCACACUGGCAGAAAGGAAUUUGUUCCUCGCGUCGGGUCGCCCAUCGUCACCAUCUCCGCGUUCCAAGGGCCACUGUCGGAGGAAUAUCUCUUGGGUCUUCAAGAUGGAACAUUUUCCUUCGUCAGCCCAAGCUCUCUGCGGAUAGUCAGGUCGUUUUCUCAACUCAAAAUUGGCCUGGAUGUCGCACAGGGCCAAACGCCAACCACAUACGCCCCCCUCGCAUUCCACCAACCCUCGUCGUCACUCAUCCUCCCGUCCUCCCAUCAGUCUUCCUUACAAAUCUACUCGCCCUUCUCUCAGUCCCUUGUCGGAGAACUUGAAGUUUCUCCUUCAAACCGAGUGUCAAGACGCGACGACAAGCCCUUGGAAGCUGCCAAGGUUCGCCUUGUUGCUUUGGCUUCCUCUGGCCUGUGGAUGUCGACGGUAGAUGUACGAGAGGAGGAGCCGGGUUACCAGCCAGAGGUGUUCUUGAAGAUCUGGUCUUGGGAUUCAAAAACCAGCUCUUGGCAACUGCAUAGUCGGAUCGACCAGCCCCAUGGCUUCAAAUAUCCCAUUCAGCUCAAAUUCAGCCCCCACAGUCCCACUGCGCCUCUGUUCCUUUCGUCUUGUGGAGAAGAUGGCGCUGUCAAAAUCUGGAAGUUGAGAACAAAGACCAAAGAAGACCUCUGGUUACCUCAUGCCACAUUGACGUUCCCUCCGUCGCAUGUGAAGGACCUGGCUUGGUCUCCUGAUGGCACAAUUAUUGCUGUGGUCUCAGUCAAUCAAGCGCUUCUCUACGACACUUCUUUCACCGUCAUCGAUACCUUGUCCACCUUUGAACAGAAGAACACCAUCUCCGUCCACUUCAUUGGGAACCGGUAUCUUUUGGUAGUAGGCCGACGGUGUUUGACAACUUGGGACCUGAUCUCCCGCUCCGUCCCAUGGACCUUCAUCCCGAGAUCCGACGUCGAUUUCGCCAUUGCUCAUCACAACAAAGCAUCGUUUGCCGUCUUUCUUCAACCAAACGUCACCAACGAAUCUACGGAAACCCAUGUCUAUGCAUUCGACGUGGAAUCCUCCCGACCUCGUGGCGAGCAUUCUCUUCCCCUCCAAUUGCGCAAUGUCGUCUCGGCCGCCUCUCCGCAAGAACCAAGAUACAACUUACUUGGUCUCACUCAAGACUCGAGAAUUGUCGUUAUUGACGGUGAUUCCUCCAAGCUUCACACAGCACACAAACCUUCUUUGUCGUUCGGAUCGGCCAAGACCACUGUAUUCAGAGACAUGUUUAGAGGGGCUUCAAUGGACUCGCUCGAGGUGGUUUCGCCGACACCGAUCACCUCCACCGCUAGAAACACCGAUUCCACUAUCGUGGAAGCCUUCAGCCAACCUACACAUCUCAUGGCCCCUAUCGCUCUCGUCUUCGACGAACUAAUGUCAUCCCUCCUUCAACCUGGCCAAUCUGCAGUAGACGCGACGCUAUCGGAUGAUGAAGAAGAUUCGGAUGACGAAGCCAUGGAAGAUAUCGUUAUGACAUCAACAACACGGUCACUACCGCCUAUCGAUACUGCAUCUCUACAACCAUUGGUAUCCUUCUUCCGGCAGUCUUUUGCAAAAUCUCGGGACCAAACAGCAAAAGGAUUGGAAAACGGCAAGUUAAAAAAGAACCGCCCGAAUGGCACCAUCUCGAGCAUCAGCCCCUCGAAGACGGCCUCUUCAAAAGCCCGUCGUGAUUCACUUGCAUGA